AAAUAAUUUUUUUCCCUUUUUCUCUAAAAACAGAUAUCCCCAAAUUUUCAUUUCUUUUCUCUCUCCAUACCAAGACUUUUUUCGUUUCCUCUUCCUUUCACCACAAAAUCUCCCAAUGCUAUCAUCUAAACUGCAGCCCUAGCGCCCACCGUCGCACGUCGGGCGGCUCCAACUUCGUCCACCGCCACCAUUUCGUGACUCCUUCCGUGACCCUGCACCUGCCGACGUGACUCCGCCCGUGUCCCCGUUCCAACUCCCUCCACCGCCGCAAGAGAAAAUGGACGUUUACCAUUUGCUGUCCAAGCCUGACCUUACAGAAAAAGCUUCAACUAGGGUCUGAUCUUCAUUGCCUGACCUUGCUGUCCAAGCUUGAUCUUCAUUGCCUUUUUAACUUGCAAUUGAAAUCACCCAACACAAAUGUUUUUAUGUUUAUAAAAAAUAUAUUAUUUUUUAAAUUCAAAUUAGGUUGUUUUUACUUUAUAAUUGGGCCUUGGCAUGUUAGUCAUUCCUUUUUCUUCUCUUACUUUGUCUCUUCAAUCUGGUCUUUUAAUAUUGGUAGCAGAAGAAAGAGCAACUGUGAUAAUGCUAUAUCACAGUCAGAUGAUUCUCAUGGCAAUGAGGACGAGGAGUUAGCUGUAAUAGUUGAAGGUGUAACUCAUAGUAUGCCUCCUGACAUACUCUUAGCUUCAGGAAUUGUCCUGCAGGUUGAAAACAAGGCCAGCGAUGAAUUUCCAUCUUCAAGAGGAAAUGAUGCUCUGAGUUCUAGUUCAGAAACUGACCAUGAGGAUGCCGACAGUAUUCUUAGUUCAAGUGACGAGUCUAUGAGUGAGGCAGCUAUAGCUGAAAUCGAAGCUGGCAUCUACGGCCUACAGAUAAUAAAGGAUGCAGAUCUUGAAGAAGUGCAAGAGUUGGGAUCUGGGACAUUUUGCAGUACGGUGAUGGCUGUUGUUACCUACUUGGAAAAAACAUUUUCUUACGUAUCUCUACUUGCUGGAUCACCAAGACCGAAUGCUUCAUUGGAUUAUACCUUCUUCUUGUCUAAUUGUAUUGGCCAUUGGCCUGGACUUUUUAGGGAUGCAUAUAAAUAAGGUUCUUUAUACAGUUUCUGAAGGUUGAGUUGAGAUUCAUGAAUGUCCAAGUCCAGUAGUACUGUAUUCAUUCUGUUUCUGAGACAAGCAUAUUUUCUUCUCACUACACCAAAUGAUGCCAUCUGUGGUGACCUGCCUCGUUGCGAAAAAGGUUGGGGAAUAGGUUUUCAGACAAUUAUUGGGAGCUUAGAGACUUCACAGCAAAAGUGGUUGCUUUAAUAUGUAAAAGUUUUAAUGUUGCAGGUUUGCUCAUGUUUACAACACUCUGCAGACAAAGCUCACAAGAACUCUUCUCAAUGCAUUUUUAGACACAAAGCGGUCUUUGACUCAACAUUAUGGUGCAAUUCAAGGACUAGCAACCUUAGGGAUGAAUGUGAUUGAUACAAGGAUCUCAUAAAGCCAACUCGAGUUGGAUGAAGUGUGAGUGGAGCUUGCUAAUUUUUUGUGUCCGCAUGUGAUUAUGGUGAUAGCUAAGUUCUUUUGAGUUAGAUAGACAAGUUUUGUCGAUAGAUAUAGAUGAACUAGUUUUGUUGAUAUUUGAUAUAGGUAAACUAGUUUUGUUUAGUAUGUAAUUAAGUAUGUAAUGACCAACUUAUAUAAUGUAUGGUUCAUUGAUAUCUAGAUAUAUAUAUAUAUAUAUAUAUAUAUGCAAUUUCCUUGAUGGAAAGUUUGAGUUGA